UCCCGGCUUAGAGGACCAUGAGAUGGGGGAGCUUGCCACACGCUGGAGGCUGGAGCCUGCCCCACUGCGGCUCCCCUCGCUGUGGUUGGUGAUGGUGAUGGUGAUGGAGACUGCAGCAGAGACUGCUGUGUUCAGAGUCUGUCGUCUGAACCAUGAGGAUCUGGUGGUUUCUGCUUGCCAUUGGAAUCUGCGCAGUGAACAUAAGCUCACAAGACUCACAAGGCACCCUGGCAUCCCUGGGAACCCCGGUCACAACGGUCUGCCUGGAAGAGAUGGACGAGACGGAGCGAAGGGUGACAAAGGGGAUGCAGGUACUCACCUGCUGGCUUUGGCUGCCUUUCAACUUUUCUCCCUUCAUUCUUUUCAUCUCAUUCACUCAUCAUCUGUGUGA